AUGCUCUUCCAAGAUCAGGCCCCGGGGCACACUAAGAAUGGUUCCCGUGCUGACGACAACCUCAACUCUUUGGAGGUGGUGAUGCGUCAGGACGGACACCUGCUUGAGCACUGCCAAGUCCGAGACCGUCCUGCUCCCUUCGAUCAAGUCAAAACGGACGCUGACUUUGCCGUUCUAGACCGCCCAGUCGGUCACAAUGUCUUGGCAAUUCAGGGCCCUGAACGAGCCUCAAUCCGCAGGGACGGGGCUUUGAACUCGACCUCCUAG